GCUCCCUUUCGAUCUCAGGAUACCGUUUGCGCGUUAUAUCGCGCGAAAUGGGGUCGUGAACAUGAAAAGGUUUGACAUCGGAUGCGUGUAUCGUGACAAGAAGAUUCUGGGCGCCCACCCCAAGGAACUUUACGAGUGUGUAUUCGAUAUCGUCACAAGCUCGCCGGAAGACCUUGUGCCCGACGCCGAGGUUUUAUUGGCGGUAUUUGAGAUAAUAAACGAGUUUCCUUCGCUUGGUUCCCGUAAUUAUUACAUCAGGAUGAAUCAUGCACGUCUUUUGACGUGUUACCUGACUUCUAUUGGUAUAUCGAAUGAGCGACAGGCCGAAUUGAUAGCAAUUCUGAAGGAAAUUCGCAGCGAGAGGGACCGAGAUGUUCAGAUCAAUUUGUUUGUUGAGAGCUUGCAGUUAAGCGAUCACGCAGCGACGGCGCUUUGCGAGUUCCUUAACUUCGAAGGCCCUGCAAAUAAAUUACGCGAGCAUCUGAUUGGUACCAUGAAGCGAAAAUCUUCGGUUGGCCAGUCUGCGCGACAAAUUCUACACGAUCUGGAAGCGAUUACGCAGCAUGCUGAAACAUUCAAGAUUGAUCUUCCCGUGAAAGUCAAGACAUCUAUGGUUUAUAACUACCAGCAUUUCUCAGGUUUGAUUUUCCAGUUUGUAGCCGCAAACAAGCGGAAACGGAAGCGAGGGGGCGUUGAUAUUCUGGCCGCUGGAGGGCGAUACGACGAGCUAAUAAACCAUUUCCGCCGGGGAGGAGAAGCUUCUCAUCCCAACCCUGGAGCGGUGGGUGUCAGCAUCGCGAUUGAAAAAAUUGUAGCCGCUGUUUUAGAAGAAGAAGACGUUAGUAGUCUGUGUCCUUAUGAUGUUAUGGUUUGUUCAGUUGGGAGUAACCCAAUGCAGACCAAGCGCAUGGGUAUUGCACACGAUUUGUGGGAAUGUGGCAUCAAAGCAAAUAUCUGUUAUGAUUCAAAAGACAUGGUAUCUCUGGAAGAGCAACAGGAGUUUUGUAAACAAAGUGGAAUUCAACAUAUGGUGGUGUUGAAAGAGCAGGA